AUGGAUCCCGUAACGCAGCAAGAUAGCCCCUUAUCCAUCGCAGCUAACGUCGCCGGCAUCCUUACUUUCAUCGUAGCAAUUUUUGCCGCUGUCUAUGUCAGAAUUACCUAUUUGCGGAACAGCGACGACGAGUAUUUCAGAGUUAAGGCCUCCCUGUCGUGGUUCAAGACAGAGUCCACAUGGCUGUCCGAGCUCAUCCGCGCUGCCGGUGAAAGACCAGGAGCCCGCCAACAGCACCAGCCAGAGUACGCGAUGUAUUCGUUUGUCAUGGACGACCUGAUCAAGCUGGAGCAGCGCAUCCUCGAGCUCCUGGCUGAAGCCGAGACCAAGGCUGCCAGCCAAGACGCCGAGAACCAGGGAAACUGGACGCUCGUGCCAAGGAGCUGGACCUUCACGACCAACGUCGCCAUGGCCUGGCUACCUGUUCGUUCCAAGACGCUGGAGCUCGUGCGACAGAGGGAAGCAUUGACGGGACGCGUCCAAUUCACACAGAUGAGCAUGAUUUCCUCGUAG